AUGGCUUCGAAACUGCCUACGAUCCCACGGGUGACGUUUACCAUAAUCGAACCGAUUUCCUUAGUCGCUGGCUUCAUCGGCGCUAUCUGGGACCCAGCAUGGUUCAUCGCCGAGCAAUUGCCUGACAAGCAGGUGCUUCCUGCAUCGGAGCAUAGCAUUGUUAUGGCGCAGCAGCUAGGCAACAUGUAUCUUCUCAUGUGCUUUGUCGGACUGGCUGUUCUUGCGACAAGUUCCGAGAUCAAGGUGGUCAGAAGCUAUCUCGUCGCGCUAUGGCUCGGCGACAUUGGCCACCUUGCUUUCACAUGCUUGGCGCUGGGCAAGGAGAGGGUGAUGCAGCCACAUAUGUGGAACGCGAUGACUUGGGGCAAUAUUGGAUUUACAGUAAGCAAAUUCACUAUGAUCAGAGUCGAGGGCUUGUAA